AUGUCUCACCCCAUCCUUGCCGAAAAGUGUAUGGAUUUCGACGAUGUAGCUUGGGAGCAGAGUGACAAGCGUUUUGAUACCUGGAAAAGGGAGAAGCUGCUGAAACGGGAAAAUCUAAUCGCCGUGGGACACCUGAUCGAUAAAUGGAGAGGCGGUGUUCCUGACACCCUUCUGACACCUGGCCGAGGCGCUUUCAAUGUCUGGGUGCGUUUGAAGUUUGUCGAUGGCGGUUCAGCUGUUAUGCGAAUCCCCUGCUACGGCAGGUCGAUGUUUCCAGAAGAAAAAAUCCAACGAGAAGUUUCCGUAAUGCAAUUUCUCGAGUUCCAUACCUCUAUCCCGGUGUCCCAUAUUCUUCAUUAUGGUAUGACCAAGGAGAGUCCAGAUGAACUAGGGCCGUUCAUUAUCAUGGAGUAUAUCGAACACGAAUACGACCUCGUUGACGCGCUCAAUACGCCAGGAAUCCCAGAUGAUGGACGACCAAUCCUGGAUCCCCAGAUCUCAGAGGAACGGCUAAUGUUUGCUUACGGUCAAAUGGCCGAUAUCAUGCUUCAGCUGUCAAAGCACACGUUCACCGAAAUCGGCUCUGUAGCCAGAGCAAACGAGGAUGAUGACUUUGAUGACCUGUGGGUUGCGAAACACCGCCCAUUGACGUUAAACAUGAAUGAACUCGUCCAAGUGGGAAACUUUCCUCCCCAUCUUCUCCCUGACGGCCCUUUUCCGACUUCAUCAUCCUACUACCAGGCCCUUGCUGAUAUGCACAUGGCGCACCUGGUUACUCAGCGUAAUGAUGCCGUUGACUCAGCCGAGGACUGCAGAGCAAAAUGUAUCGCAAGGUUCCUAUUCCGGAAACUUGCAAGGGAGGGUCGAUUCUGCAAGUACAAUGACAGAGGCCCGUUCAAGCUAUUUUGCGAUGACUUUCGCCCUGCAAAUGUUCUCACCAAUGCAGAGUUCAAAGUCGUCGGGGCAAUAGAUUGGGAAUAUACCUAUGCAGCACCACUUGAAUUCGCCUACAGCGCACCGUUCUGGCUUCUGCUGGAACUGCCGGAGUACUGGCCGGAAGGGUUGGAUGACUGGACAAACGUUUACGAGACGCGCCUCGAGACGUUUCUGAGGGUCCUGGAAGAAAGAGAGAAAGUGGCAAUCGAGCGUGGGCUGUUAUCAGAAGAACACCGUCUCUCUACAUAUAUGAGAGACAGCUGGGAGAGCGGAGAUUUCUGGGUUAACUAUGCAGCCAGGAGAAGUUGGGCUUUUGACAUGAUAUACUGGGCGAAGAUAGAUAGAAGAUUCUUUGGCGAUGGCAACCUCGACGACCGUCUUCAAUCACUGACUGCAGAAGAGAGGCAAGAGAUAGAAGACAUUGUGCAGAAGAAGAUGAAGGAAAAAGAGGAGAGGAAACUAACAGACUGGACGCUUGACUCUCAGCCAUGUUGA